UUGGCUGCACUCUGCCGACCAAUCCGCGGGCGCCUUGUUGGGUGCGGUCCGGGCCGGUCUGCUCGGGCAGGAGGAGGCAAAAUGGUUCUGGAGAGUACCAUGGUUUGCGUGGACAACAGCGAGUACAUGAGGAACGGAGACUUCCUGCCCACGCGCCUGCAGGCCCAGCAGGACGCCGUCAACAUCGUCUGCCACUCCAAGACCCGCAGCAACCCCGAGAACAACGUGGGGCUCAUCACCCUGGCCAAUAACUGUGAGGUGCUGACCACCCUGACUCCAGACACAGGCAGGAUCCUUUCCAAGCUCCACACAGUGCAGCCCAAAGGGAAAAUCACCUUCUGCACAGGGAUUAGAGUUGCUCAUCUGGCUCUGAAGCAUCGCCAAGGCAAGAACCACAAGAUGAGGAUCAUUGCCUUCGUUGGCAGCCCUGUGGAGGACCAUGAGAAGGAUCUGGUGAAGCUGGCAAAGCGUCUGAAGAAGGAGAAGGUCAAUGUUGACAUCAUCAACUUUGGAGAAGAGGAGGCCAACACGGAGAAGCUGACAGCCUUCAUCAACAGCCUCAACGGCAAGGACGGCUCCGGCUCCCACCUGGUGACGGUGCCGCCGGGGCCCAGCCUGGCCGACGCGCUCAUCAGCUCCCCGAUCCUGGCCGGGGAGGGCGGCGCCAUGCUGGGCCUGGGCGCCAGCGACUUCGAGUUCGGCGUGGACCCCAGCGCCGACCCGGAGCUGGCGCUGGCCCUGCGAGUCUCCAUGGAGGAGCAGAGGCAGCGGCAAGAGGAGGAGGCCAGGAGGGCUGCAGCUGCCUCUGCUGCUGAGGCUGGGAUUGCAGCCACUGCUGGGGAUGACUCAGAUGAUGCCCUGCUGAAGAUGACAAUAACCCAGCAGGAGUUCGGCCGGGCAGGGCUGCCUGACCUCAGCAGCAUGACAGAGGAGGAGCAGAUUGCCUAUGCCAUGCAGAUGUCCCUGCAGGGAGCAGAGUUUGCCCAGACAGAAGCAGCAGAAGUGGACAGCAGCACAGCCAUGGACACCUCUGAACCUGCUAAGGAGGAAGAUGACUAUGACGUGAUGCAGGACCCUGAGUUCCUGCAGAGUGUGCUGGAGAACCUCCCAGGGGUGGACCCCAACAACGAGGCCAUCCGCAACGCCAUGGGCUCCCUGGCCUCACAGGCCUCCAAGGAGAGCAAGGACAAAAAGGAGGAGGAGAAGAAAUGAGGUGGCCCUGGGGUAGGGCUUGGGGGCUGCUGCUGCUGCCUGCCUGGGUGAGUUGGUGGUGG